GACAUGAUUGUAUUGAGUGUAGUAGCAUUUUGUUCCCUCGCAAUAAGCUUCUACUUUUUAGCAAAAAUUAACGAAAUAUUGAGUCAUCGUAAACAACUUAGUAAAAUUACCGGACCUAAUGCUAAAAAUGUUGUUGUUGGUAGCAUCGCCCAUCUGUUCACAUCACCAGAGGAGAUUUUUAAAAAAUAUCGAACAUAGGCAAAUUUGUAUUAUCCUAUUUACAGACUGACGGUUCUUCACUUGGGUGUGCCGUGUAUAUUACAUCCGGAUGAUUUUGAGAUCGUCCUAUCAAAUUCACAACAUAUGGAAAAAAGUGAAGUCUAUAACGUUUUCCAUGCUUGGUUAGGUACUGGUCUUCUUACUAGUACUGGCCAAAAGUGGUUCAUCAGAAGAAAGAUUUUAACCCCGGCUUUCCAUUUCAACAUAUUGCAAGAGUUUGUUGACGUUUUUAAUAAACACACAGACAAUUUAGUACAAACCUUGAAAGAACACAAUCACCCAGAUUACGUUCUUGUUGACAAACACAUCGCCCAUUUUACACUGAAAACUCUGGCAGAAACUGCAAUAGGAACAGACCUGAAAUUUGCCACUCAGAAAGAAAGAAGCUACAGACAAGCGGUCAUAGAUAUGGCGGACAUUCUGGCUUAUCGAAUGACACGUCCUUGGUUCGUCAACAACUUUGUCAAUUUGUUUAGCCCGAAAUAUUUCAAAGAGAGAAAAACAAUCAAGACCUUGCACGCCUUCACUCGCAGUGUCAUAACUGACCGAGAAAAAAAAAUCAAAAAUUUUGAUCUUCACGGAAAAAGACGACUUGCAAUGUUGGAUUUGCUUUUAACUGCCAAAAAUGUGGAGGGAAUUAUCGAUGACGGGGGAAUCCGUGAAGAAGUGGAUACGUUUAUGCUCGAAGGACACGACACCACUUCGGUGGUUUUAGGGUUUGCGUUAAUGCUGAUAGCUUGUAAUAAACACGUCCAAGAAUUAAUCCUUGACGAAAUUGUGGACGUCAUGGGGGAGUUGAGGAAGAAACCGACUUUCAACGAUCUUCAAAAACUGAAAUAUUUAGAGAGAGUUAUUAAAGAAGCUCUGAGGAUGUAUCCAAGUGUUCCUUAUAUUUCGAGGAAACUAGGAGACGAUUUAGUGACUGCUACUGGCUACAAAUUAUCUAAAGGGACAAUUACACACUUACACAUUUAUGAUUUGCACCACAAUCCGGAAUAUUUUCCAAAUCCGGAAAAAUUUGACCCUGAUAGAUUUUCACCGGAGACUUCCAAAAGCAGACACCCUUUUGCGUAUUUACCUUUCAGUGCAGGUUCUAGAAAUUGCAUCGGUCAAAAAUUUGCCAUGUUGGAGCUGAAAGCAGUUAUAAGUGGAACUUUAGCUAACUUUGUUUUAGAACCGGUGGAUACUCCAGAGACCGUAGUGCUUAUUAUGGAUUUUGUGUUACGAGCUAAAGAUGGAAUUAAAAUUAAAUUUGUAGCUCGGAUUUAA